UGACCCACUUCCGGCAGGUGAUGCACUUCCGCUUUGCUAGGCGCGCGGUGGACGGUCUGAAACCUUGAGCGCGGCUUUCGCUGGGCUUGGCGGCUCCGGAGCCCAGCAUGGCUUCCUCACGAGCCUCCUCCACGGCACCCAAAACUAAAGCACCUGAUGACUUAGUAGCUCCUGUUGUGAAGAAACCACACAUCUAUUAUGGAAGUUUGGAAGAGAAGGAGAGAGAGCGUCUGGCCAAAGGAGAGUCUGGCAUUUUGGGAAAAGAAGGAUUGAAAGCAGGAAUUGAAGCAGGAAAUAUUAAUAUAACCUCUGGAGAAGUAUUUGAAAUUGAAGAGCACAUCAGUGAACGGCAGGCAGAAGUAUUGGCUGAGUUUGAAAGAAGGAAGAGAGCCCGGCAAAUCAAUGUUUCCACAGAUGACUCAGAGGUCAAGGCUUGCCUUAGAGCCUUGGGGGAACCUAUCACACUUUUUGGAGAGGGCCCUGCUGAAAGAAGAGAAAGGUUAAGAAAUAUCCUCUCAGUGGUUGGUACUGAUGCCUUAAAAAAGACAAAAAAAGAUGAUGAGAAAUCUAAGAAGUCCAAAGAAGAGUAUCAGCAAACCUGGUACCAUGAAGGGCCAAACAGCCUGAAGGUGGCUAGGCUGUGGAUUGCUAAUUAUUCACUGCCCAGGGCAAUGAAACGCUUGGAAGAGGCCCGUCUCCAUAAAGAGAUACCUGAGACAACUAGGACCUCCCAGAUGCAAGAGCUGCACAAAUCCCUCCGGUCUCUGAAUAACUUCUGCAGUCAGAUUGGGGACGAUCGGCCUAUCUCCUACUGUCACUUUAGUCCCGAUUCCAAAAUGCUGGCCACAGCUUGUUGGAGUGGGCUUUGCAAGCUCUGGUCUGUUCCCGAUUGCAACCUCCUUCACACACUUCGAGGCCAUAACACAAAUGUAGGAGCAAUUGUAUUCCAUCCCAAAUCUACUAUCUCAUUGGACCAAAAAGAUGUCAAUCUGGCUUCUUGUGCUGCUGAUGGUUCUGUGAAGCUUUGGAGUCUUGACAGUGAUGAACCAGUGGCUGAUAUUGAAGGCCAUACAGUGCGUGUGGCCCGGGUGAUGUGGCAUCCAUCAGGACGUUUCCUGGGCACUACCUGUUAUGACCGUUCAUGGCGCUUAUGGGAUUUGGAAGCUCAAGAAGAGAUCCUGCAUCAGGAAGGCCACAGCAUGGGUGUGUAUGACAUUGCCUUCCAUCAAGAUGGCUCUUUGGCUGGCACUGGGGGACUGGAUGCAUUUGGUCGUGUUUGGGACCUGCGUACAGGACGUUGUAUCAUGUUCCUAGAAGGCCAUCUCAAGGAAAUCUAUGGAAUAAAUUUCUCCCCCAAUGGCUACCACAUUGCAACUGGCAGUGGUGACAACACUUGCAAAGUGUGGGACCUUCGACAGCGGCGUUGUGUCUAUACCAUCCCUGCCCAUCAGAAUUUAGUGACUGGGGUCAAGUUUGAACCUAUCCAUGGGAAUUUCUUGCUCACUGGCGCCUAUGACAACACAGCCAAGAUCUGGACCCACCCAGGCUGGUCCCCACUGAAGACUCUGGCUGGCCAUGAAGGCAAAGUGAUGGGCCUAGACAUUUCUUCUGAUGGACAGCUCAUAGCCACCUGCUCAUAUGACAGGACCUUCAAGCUCUGGAUGGCUGAAUAGGCAGGCCAUGGAAGAACGACUCCACCCUCAAGCUCUCCAGUAGGAGCUUUUUUCCUCAAAAGAAAAGAAUUGAUGUGUUUUGUUCUAUCAUGUUUUCUGCCAAUUACCAUGUAUAGACCCUUGGUAGAUUUGGAUUUUCAUGUCAACCCAUUCCUUAGGUGAUGGUGAACCCCUUUCAUGGUUGAAAAUGUAACUCUCGUCUUCAGGCCCUGCCAUAAACUGCCAAGACAUUUUUUUAUUUGUCUUUGUUUGAAUGCUCUCAGCACUCAGGACUGUGACUGCAUUUUUAAUUCUUGAAACUUGGCUUUCCAUGACGUGGUACGUGCUUCAGGACUGCAUGUGAUCCGUUGAGCAAGGUGACUGGACUAUAUUCUGAAAGCCCUUGAGGAAAGAGACACAUCUCACCAUGCAUUGGUUGAACAAUGCCUCACAGCAAGUCCCUUUCCUGCCAGUUGAGAAUGAGAGGUGGUGGAGUGGACAGCAGCUAUUCUGAUGGUUAUAUAGUGAAGCUCUGACCCCUUCCUGUGAAGUUCUCUUGGAAUGCUUACUGCAUCAGGAAACUCCAAAGUGAACCUUCACCUCAUCAGAAAAUGCCUUCCAUUUUGCUUUGAAAUUUGACAUUCUUUAUGUUACCCUAAAGCAAGGCCACUGUGUCAAGAGUCAAAGAAAUUUGUAGAAAGCAAACAUGAUGUCUCUAUUGUACAGUCUCCUUGCUGUUGGUUAUUUAAAGGAUGUACUUCAUAUAUUAAAACGUACUUCAUGUCAAAGUAACUGGAAAAAAUCCCUAACAGGCAUUCGUAAACAAACCAUUUCUUCUUUAUUACCCACUUGCUAAGAGUAACAUCCUACUUUAAAAACUGUCCUUUAAAAUUGUUUUCUACAUUUAAGCAUUUCUGAACCCUAGUCAUUUGUCCAAGGAGUCCCUUUUUUUGGCUUGGGAUAUAACAGAUAAUUACAGAUAUGGAUUACUACAAUUUCUGUCUCCUUAGCACUCUUAACUUUUUUAAUAGGGGACUGUUGGCCUGUGAGCCAUACUACCAGUGAGCUGUGUCUGGGCUCCGUAAUUUUUACUUUUGAGGCCUGCAGUCAUUGCCUUCACUUUCUUACCCCUGGUAUACAUUUUCUGGCCUCUGAAAUUAGUAAAUUCACACAAAAAGAGGGAUUUAGAAGAAGGGUGUGUGUAAGGAAGAGUUAAACAAGGGCUAAUAUGAUGGUUUCACCAUGAAUGUUCAAAACCCCUUUCAUUCACCCAUCCAGAGAGAUCGAUGGCGGCUUUGGAUCUCUUCUGCAAAUUAUGAAAAUGUAAAUGUAGCUAACAUACUAUUGUUAACCUGAUUUCAUUUAUAACCAAAUAGUUGUGUUUCCUAAGUAGUUGUUAAACCUCUGAAUCCUCAGGUCUGUCCUCGUAGGCACUGCAUUGUUGUUUAGUCUGUUGUUUCCUUCAUAGAAAAACUCCAUCACCAUUUUUGUAGUACAUAUAAAAUGAACAUGUGUGUACCCCAUGCAGCUUGGAUGUGGUGGGCUAACAAUGCUUUUCAGUUUCUCAGAUUUAAAUUUUACUAUUCCCUUAGACUUGU